AGCUGGCAGCAGCAUCAGAGAGCCAGUGUAAUCACUGCCAGACUUUUUGUGAGUUAAGUGAUUUACUCCUCCAAAAGCGGGACAUUUGACCACCUGUGAACCAUGGAGGAUGACGCGUCCCACGCCGAGCCCAGCAGCGUCCCAGGCAGCUCCAAUACCAUCCCGCAGCAGCCGCCCGAAGCCAAGGAGAUCCUCAUCCCGAGCUUCAGCCCAUCGUCUGCCCCGUCCUCCCCCACCCCGACCAGCACCCUCUCCCGGCUGGGCUUUAAAAGUCCGACCAGCCCGACUGCAGCUGCGCCGGGCAGCCCGACCAGCCAGGUGAGCGCCAUCACCGUGGUGGCACUCCUGGACAAGCUGGUCAACAUGCUGGGGGCGGUGCAGGAAAACCAGCAGCGGAUGGAGCAGCGGCAGGCCGACCUUGAGGGCGCCGUGCGGGUCGUGCAAGGGGACGUGACCCGUCUGUCCAAGACCCACGUCGGCACCUCCAACUGCGUCAGCAAGCUUCUGGAGCGCUCCCGGAAAGUGAGCGGGCAGCUGAAGGACGUGAAGGAGCGCAUGGACAAACAGGCGGUCCAGGUGAAGAGGCUGGAGGCAAACCACAACCACCUGCUGAAGAGGAACCACUUUAAAGUGCUCAUCUUCCAGGAAGACAAUGAGAUCCCCUCCGAUGUGUUUGUCAAAGACUCCCUCAAGACACCACAACCAAUCCAGUGUGAUGCAGAGUCCACUCAUCCUACUCCAUCUGUUGCUGGAUCUGUUGAUGGCUUCCGUGAGUCUGAGGGUCUCCAGACCAUUAGCCUGUCCUCAGAUGAGGAUGAUGAUCUUGCAAUACACCGAGAAGAGGAAGAUAUGCUGGAAGGCGAGGCUGCAAUGGGUUUGGGCACUUCACACACAUUUGAGAGAAGGGCUGACAAGUUCAAGCGCUCUAGCCUGAAGAAGGUUGAUAGCCUCAAGAAGGCCUUCUCACGCCAGAGCAUUGAGAAGAAGAUGACUCAGAUCACCACCAAGAUUGUGCCACCAGAGAAGCGUGAGAAAAUCAAGAAGAGCCUCACUCCUAACCAUCCCAAGAGCCCAACUGCCAAAAGCUCCUCAUUCAAGGUGUCUCCCAUGACCUUCAAUGUCAAGAAGGUCCGAGACGGGGAGACCCCAACGCCAGAGAUGGGCUCACCCAUGGAAGAAGCCCAUGUGGAGAUUCUUCCUCUAGGAAGCUUAGAUGGAGAGAUCCCGUUGGCAGAGGUGCAUACCCAGGAAAGCGUUGUGGAGGAGAUUCAAGAGAUGCUAAGCCCCUCCACCCCAGACAGCAUGAAAGCACAGCUGGCAAUGAAUGGAGAACGACCAAGCAUUGAGUGCGAGAUAAAUGGUAGUCACUCUGCUGGCCUGGCAGUCCCAGAGCAUGAUGACGAUAUUGGCGAGGAGGAUGACGAAGAAGAGGAAGAAGAAGAGCAACAGAAGAGCCCAGCUGAAACAGCAGCUGAUGCCCAGAUUCCCACAGCAACGAUUGCUGUGGAGCAAGUGUCUUAAUAUGAUUAGAUUUUAUUGACCACCAGUUCUAGUUUCCCAUUCUUUGUAUUCCUCCUCAUGUUUCUACAUUUACCGAAGACCCAGCAGGCAUAAAAACAUCCCUCCAUUGUAAACAAUGUUGUGUUCUUGUCACAAAUACUCAUACUCAAACACACAAGAUACUGUUGAAACUCUCCCUCCAAUAGUAGUCCAUCCUUGGACCAUUCCUGCAACACUACCCUCGUUUAUCACCAGCACAGUCUAAAAACCUUAAGUUACUGCAUAAGUGACUAUGUUAUCAACAACACCCCACAGAGCAUAUCAGAAAGAGUUCUGAUUGAAGCAUCCAGUUCAAGUGCUUCCCUAAACCCUCCAGUCAGCUUGUCCAAAGAAAGCAACAAUGCACCACAUCUCACUUCCAUCAACUGGUGCCCACCACUUCAAUAGCAGCACAUCUCCAGGGCGCUGGGCCAACUAUCUCUCUCUUGCUGUUUUUGUCUGCCUCUGGACCUCUCCUCCUCGCUGACAAAUAGCCUCUUUGUUCUUUGUGUUUUUGUGAAAAAUAGUAAAUCUUUGGCAACAGUGGUACUGCCCACAGCCUGUUGAGGUAGUGUGUUGCCAGGUUGUGCAAGGGUUGGAAUGGGGAGUUUCUGGUUUUUCACUAAAAUGGUCCUGGGGUGUUUUGUAGUGAACUAGAGGUUGUUUACUAAAAUCUUUGGACCUGUGCUGAAUGAGACCUGAUCUUAACUAACAGGUGACUAUAUUUCAGUUGUCCAAGUGGCUCUGUCAUGCAUCCUGUUCUUCACCUACAGUCAUAAAAUGUUACUUCCGUUAGUGAGAUCCAAUUCAUAAUCUCUGACCUUAUCAUUGAUGACCUGCCUGGAAUACCAUAUAAGUUGCAUGUGGUAUAUCAAAAUAUUCUAGUAAUUUUUGAUUUGAAUUUUAGUAAUAGUUAAGCUUCCAGUAGUCAUCUUGCAGAUCACACCUGUUUGGUUUUCUUAGAAAUAUAAAAGAAAAACAUUUAUUAAGAAUACUAGUCAAAAGGACAUCAUUGCAGAAUAGAAGGUCCUUUAAAUGGAGAGGAAAAUGUUUGCAACUCAAAGGAACCUACAGCUUUUAACACUGAUAUACUAAAUGUCCCUUUUACAGCCCUUUGUCUUCUUGCAGGGCAGCUUUGUAUGUUUAUGUACAGGAAUUAUUUUCUCUGUGUGAGGCACACUACUCUCUUGGUAUUUAGAGUUCCUACACCAUAAAAUAUUAACUUUAUGAGAACUGCCUUUUGUGUGUGUACUUUAUACAGUAAAUGUUGUGUCUGUGAAUUUGUUUUGAGUGAUUACAUAAUACUUGGGUCUUAAAUACAAUUCCUGUUUUCUUUCAGGCAUCCAUAAUUUGCAUGGUGAAAUGUUUACUUGGUUACAUGUUUCUGACAUAAACAGUUAUCUUAUACAUUUUCCAUGAAACUAUCACUCAAGCUCCUCCUCUCAGAUACAUGCACGUAUGUACUCCUACAGUGCCUAUAUCUUGCAAAAGCUGGUAUGAGUAAUUGCGCUCCUGAAGGGAUGGAUUCCUAUGGUUUUGUAGAUAAAGGUGAUAGUAAAACAUGUCUUAAGAUUUUUUCUCUUCCUAGGAAUUCCUUGCAGCUAUCACUGUGUGGGGCGUAGUCGGUGUGUGAUAGCAGCUACACAGAAACAGAGAAAGCUUAAAUUUGAAGGAGGGUGCAAAUGUAUGAAUCAGUCAGCUUCCUGUUUUGAAAGUCGUGCCUGAGAGUUUCUAUGAAGUGACCUUCCUCUUGUUGCACAUUGUUAGCCACCUUAGUUACAGAUGUCGAAUGCCAUGACUUUCUAAAAAUAAUAUAGCAAAUGAUACCAGGUGCCAAGGAUCCAAGUUACAAGAGAGGUCACAGGAGUGGAUAAAGGCAGAGGACAGCAUUCCUUGGUUUGACGAAUGACUCUUGCUCAGCCCAUUUUUCAUGCUCUUGGCCUCCUUGUUGAGAGAGUGCAAAGAGAGGAAAGAGGUUGUCUGGAGCCACAGGUGUUCUGCCCCUGUUGAGGCUCCUGGGCAUGAGUUUGUAAGUGGAAGGGGGACAGGUGUGGGUGUGGGGAAGUUGUUGGAUAGGAUUUUAAAUUUUAGAUGGGGAUAUGCAUGUGUGCAGCUUGACGGAAAUGUGAGAUUCUGAAAUGUUUUAGACAAUGGGGUCUAUAUGACACUUUAGGGGGUGAAUAUAUAAAUAGCUGGCAGUGCAGGAUCAAUCCUUUCAAGUCUUUCAUAUGUUACAAAUUUUAACAUAUACGUUUCUUCAGUUGACAUUGUAGGGAGAAAAAAUAAAUUUAGACAUAAAUGAUUUUUAAACAGUUUACUACCUGUUUAUAUCGAAUAGGUUUCUUCUUUGUUUAAAUCACAUUACUGAAAAAGGAUUGAACACUAGGCGUAUGUACAUUCUGUGUACUGUAGAGGUUAAAAUGUGAUUGGCUCAGAGGUAUUUUCUGCUUCUUAUUAUUGCAAAUGUCUUACUUUGGUGAUAUUUCUUUGUGCUAAUGUUAAAAAUUAAAUAUGUAGAAUUGUUUAUGUGCAUAAAAGUCUGUUUUUAUUUGUUUUGAAAUCAGACCAUCUAAUCAUCAUCAUCAUCAUCAUCAUCAUAUUCUGUUAGAAAAAAGAAACCGAUACCUAAUACAGCAUUGUACGGAUAGUGAUAUUGUGUUUACUAUCAUAUUUGUUCAUAUAAGGGUCUUUAUAUCCUGUUCAUUUAGUAAACCACUUAAACCAAAGACAUUUCCUUCACAGCAGAGGAUUCUUGCCACUUGUGUGUUAACUCAAAUGUAUUCCUCCUGACACUUAUUUCUAACGUCUUGUGAACAUGCAGGAAUUUCCUUUUAAACCUUAGUAUUGUAUACAUCAAUAAAAAUGU